AUGGUCCUUCUCACAGUCGCAACGGAAGACGGGGCGACGUUCUCGGUCGAUGUGGGACUUGACAUGGAGCUGGAGAAUCUGAUGGCGCUGCUCGAGGCGGAUUCGAGCAUCCCGGUCGAUGACCAGCUCGUCUUCCACAAUGGCCGACAAUUGACUGGACUGAAGGACUCGCUUGACUCGUACGGCGUCAAAGAGAACGACAUGCUCCUGCUGCGGCAGAAGAGCAAUGAUCCUGCUUCGAGUCAGCAAGCGCAUGUGGCUGGACGGAAUAUUGCUCAGGAUGCAGAAACUAUGAGGCGGCAGGUCUUGGGCAACCCGCAGGUCAUGGCAGACUUGCGCAGGACGAACCCGGAGCUUGCCGAUGCAGCGCAGAACGACCCAGCCCGUUUCCGCGACCUCCUCGGCCAGCUUGCGGCGAUGCAAGAGUCCGCCCGUCUCCAACGCGAGCGCGAGAUGCAGCUGCUCGAAGCGGACCCGUUCGACGUCGAGGCGCAGAAGAAGAUCGAGGAGGCGAUCAGGCAGGAGCGCGUGCUGGAAAACAUGGAGCAAGCGAUGGAGGACAUGCCCGAGUCGUUCGGCCAAGUCCACAUGCUCUACAUCAACGUCGAGGUCAACGGAGUGCCGGUCAAGGCGUUCGUCGACUCGGGCGCGCAAAGGACGAUCAUGUCGCCGUCGUGCGCGGAACGCUGCGGCAUCAUGCGCCUGAUCGACACUCGCUUCGCGGGCAUGGCUCAAGGCGUCGGCACGGGCAAGAUCCUGGGACGUGUGCACAGCGCGCAGCUCAAGAUGGCCGACCUGUUUCUCCAGUGCAGCUUCACCAUCCUCGAGAGCAAGAGCGUCGACUUGCUGUUCGGCCUUGACAUGCUCAAGCGCCACCAGUGUUGCAUCGACCUGCGGCAGGACGCGCUCGUCAUCCAGGACCGCAAGGUUCCCUUCCUCCCCGAACACGAGCUCCCGAAGGGCGAGCUGCAGGAGUACGAGCUUGAUGCCAACGGCAACCCCGUUCCGGUCGGAACCGUCGACUCGUCCCUCAGCAACGCCAGCGCCGCUGCCGGUCCUUCGGCACCUUCGACCAGCUCCGCCGCCCCGACAACCGGAUCGUCCUUCCCUGGUUCCGGCCGCACCCUCGGCCAGUCUCCCAACGCCUCGCCCGACCCGAAGCGCGUCCGCUCGUCCUCCCCUUCUGCCGCACCCUCUUCGGCCGCUCAGCCAGCAUCCUCGACUGGCCUCCCGAACGGCAUCACCGAAGAGGCUGUCCAGAGUCUCGUCGGACUCGGCGCGACGCGGGCGCAGGCAAUCAGCCUGCUUGAAGCCGCAGGAGGAAACGCAGAAGUCGCGGCGAGCCUGCUCUUCAGCGGGUGA